AUUUCUGAUACAUUAACUACGAUAAUAGUUGUGCACGCUGUGGUCAUUUGAUUAACUUUUUUUCCUGUUGCAGCAGUUCGCGAGUAUAUAACCUGUCUUUAACUGAUAAAUCGUUUGCAUUGGUCGUUUGAAGGAAACAACAAUACGCUUUCCAAAAAAUGACCAUAUUCAUUCCUAUUUCUAUUGCCAUAAUUCUGGCAUAUCUUGCCACAUGGAUUCCUACACUCUUGAAAUACAAAAGACAUUGGCAAUAUGGAAGUAAACUACCUGGUCCUCCCGCACAUCCAAUUUUCGGCAAUCUUGGACCAAUAGUUGGCAAGAAAACUGAAGAUUUGCCAUCGGUUUUCAUUAACUGGGCGGCCGAACAACGAGAUCAGGGACAUUCAGUUAUGAGAGUCAUGAUUCUGGGAAAAGUUUACGCAUGGCCAUUGAAUGGAAAAGCAGCUGCUGCAAUUAUUGAUUCAACAACUGAAACAAAUAAAGGAGAUGACUAUAGAUUUUUUGAUCCAUGGCUUGGUGGCGGACUACUUUUAGAGGGAUAUGGUGAACGAUGGAAAAGUCACAGAAAAAUGUUAACUCCAGCAUUUCAUUUUGCCAAGUUGGGUGGUUACUUUGAAGUUUUCAAUAAUGAAUCCAAGAUUCUUAUUGAUCUUUUGAGUGAUUUCUCUGCUUCUGGAGAAACUGUCGAUAUCUUCCCGUAUGUCAAGCGUUGCGCUUUGGAUAUCAUUUCUGAGACUGCAAUGGGAAUUAAAAUUGAUGCUCAAAUAAAUCAUGAUCAUAAGUAUGUGCAAGCUGUAGAAGGAUAUAACAAAAUUGGAGUUUUAGUUUCAUUUAAUCCUCACCUGAAGAAUCAAUUCAUUUUUUGGGCAACUGGGUAUAAAGCUCAAUAUGAUGAUUAUUUAAGUACUCUAAAAAGUAUGACGGAAAAAGUUAUCAAAGAACGAAGAGCUGCUCAUGAUUCCGGAGAAGUUGAAAAGGAGACAUCCAAGAGAAUGAUGAACUUUUUGGAUUUAAUGUUGAGUAUGGAGGAGUCGAAUCAAUUAACUUCUGAAGAUAUUCGUCAAGAAGUUGAUACAUUUAUGUUUGCUGGUCACGAUACAACAACAUCUUCUACUUCAUGGGCUUGUUGGAAUUUAGCUCAUAAUCCGAAUGUUCAAGAAAAAGUGUACAAAGAGAUGAUUGAGGUGUUUGGAGAUGAUCCAAAUACAGAUAUUACACUGGAAAAUGUGAAUAAUCUGAACUAUUUGGAUAUAGUUCUCAAGGAAUCAAAACGAAUUAUCGCACCAGUUCCUGCACUUCAAAGAAAAUUAACAAAUGAUUUAGAAAUUGAUGGAUACAUAGUUCCCGCUGGUGGCAAUGUGACAAUAUCUCCAAUGGUUCUUCACAGCAAUCAUCACGUGUUCAAAAAUCCAACAGAAUUCAAUCCUGACAGAUUUCUUCCGGAUGAAGUUUCAAAGAGACAUCCGUAUGAUUUUAUGCCUUUCUUGGCUGGUCCUCGUAAUUGUAUUGGCCAAAAGUUUGCGCAACUAAAUGAGAAAGUAAUGAUUUCUCAUAUUGUUCGAAACUUCAAAAUUGAACCAACUCUGAAAUAUAAUGACACAAAACCAUGUCUGGAAGUGGUAACAAAACCAUCGAAUGGGAUUCCAGUUCGAUUAAUUCGCAGAAACUAGAGCAUCGUUCAGUUACCUGUAUAUUUUCACAUUUUUAAAUAAACGAUUUUACCUAAAAACCAA